AUGGAUGAGAACGUUAAUUGCAGAUUUCAUUUACCCUUUCAAGUAUCAAAAGAUAGUAAUUCCAAAUGGCCCUACAGGGAAAUUGGUGGACCUUCCAGGCUUUCGAACGACUUUAGUUAUAACCGUCUGGAACGUCACAUCGCUUCUCUGAACCUUUCACACUCAAAAAACUUUCGUGAUAUUAAUAGACAAAGAGAAAAUUACGUAUCUUUCGAAAAGUCUGGAACAGCUAGCAAAGAUCAUAAUGAUGAUAGAACCAAUGGAAAUGCACCACUCUCAAACUGUGAAUCUAACAUGAGAAUGCUCUCAAGAAAGGGAAAAGAUAAUGAAAUAUAUGUUCAGUGCUUUAAUUUAUUGCAGAUUAGCACAAACACGGAAGAAAAUGAAAACCAACAGUGUCUUGGCAAUAAAAUCAAGAAGGGAAAAGAUGCAAAUAUUGCAGUGGGCUUCAGAAAUUGUUCUAAUUCUGGAAGAAUUAAUGAAUUGCAGUCAUCUUUUGGGGAAUUGCGCAGAGUUGGUAUCAUGGGAAGUGUUACGUGGAGAAAUGAACUUCCAAGAGAAGCCUGCCAUCUUGUUCACGCAUACCCUUGUCCUGUUAAAAAUCAAGUAUCUAUGUGCCUGGCAUCAGAAAGUGUUGAAAAUGAUGUCUUACAACAAGAUUGCAAAAAUAUACUCAUGGUAGUAGAGACAUUUUCAAAUAAACAAGUCUGCCGUCGAGUUGCAUCUAGUUAUGGCUAUAAGCUUCCUGCUGAUAGCUGCGAUCCAAGAGAACUUGUUAGCUAUAUUAAGCAGGUUGCAGAAUUUGGAUUUAAUCAUAUAAUAAUAAUUGGAGAGCUUGAUUAUGGAAUGGCUUUUAUGGACUGUUUUGGACGCCUAUUUCAAUGGGAUGAUAUGAUGCUAAUGCUAUGGCCACUUUACAAUUAUUCUUCAAAGGAGGCGAACAUCAAAAAUAAUAAGUUUGCAUGGUUUGUAGAGAAUGAUAGAGUUGUAUAUGAAAUGGCACCUCUAGCAAUAUCUCCAUCUUCUGAAUCUUCAUAUUCAACAUCAUCAUCAAAUGCAGUAUUUGGUUUAGUAAAAUCUACAACCUUCACUUCAUUAGAAUUAGAAUUACUUGGUUUUACAUCUUUUAUUAUUACAUUAAUUGCAGGAUAUAUAAAACUUAUAGUUGUGUAUUGGCUACCACCUAAUAAUUCAGUUGCAUUAGAAAAGGUUCAAGAAUUGGAAUCAACUCACUUAUUGCAUUUCACUUAUCUUCAGUAG